AUGUCUGUGAUCAUGAAAUCACUUCUGUCGAGACCAAAAGGCUUGGUUAACCUACCACUCUGGACGCCAUCUCUGACACGACCUUUCUCUCUCUGCCAUGCACAUCAGAAACUCUGGAUAGCGACCGAUAGAACACGAUUUCGCGACAGGGUAUGUUACAAACGAAACAAGGAACGCUUCAACGACCGGGCAGCGACACAGCAACCCGAAGACUUCUAUUGGCCGACUUCUCGAUACUUGAAUGAUCCAAUAUGGCGCGCAGAGCGACUGGCAUAUCGAAAAGCCAUUUACGCUCGCAAGGAAAAACAUGACGAGAUCUACUCGAUGCGUGCUAAAAUCAGAAACUGGGUGAGAACACCGUGGGUGAGAGAAGAAUUGCCCUGGAAGACACACCGCCCCAUUCGUUACGAUGAAAAGACCGAGCAUCAUUGUGCUGGUUGCAAGUUUACAAGGACCGGAGGCGGAAAGCUGCAUUGGCAGAGUCUGGUCGACCCCGACGUUUACCUCUGCACAAGCUGCUAUGUGCCAUCAGAGAGCCCAGACUGGAACAAGAUAAUGCCCGAAGGUUACGAAGACGUCAGAAACAUGAAGGCAAUGAGAGCACGAAAGGAACAGCUCGACGCAUCUGAAGCGCCGUCAUCUUGA